UGGAGGGCCUCUUCUCCCGCAUGCUCUCCCGGACCCGCAACGUCCUCCCAGACCCGCCCGUCUCCGUCGAUGGCCGCCUCUUCGCUCUCCUCCCCCACGACUCCGUCGACUGCAUCAGGCGCCACCCCGACGUGCUCCUCGGCAACAUCGUCUCCCGCCUCCCAGUCAAGGAAGCCGCGCGCACCGCCGCGCUCUCCCGGAGCUGGCGCAGGGUCUGGCGCUCCACCCGCUCGUCCUCGUCGACUCCCACAUCCUCCCCGCAGACAUAGGCACCGCGGUCGCGCGCGCCAACGCGCGGCGCAUCACCUCUGUCGUCUCCCGCAUCCUCGCCACGCACCCGGGUCCCUUCCACUGCGUCCACCUCACCAGCUACUACAUGGAAGAGUUCGAUGGCCUGCUCAGGCGCUGGCUCCAGAUCCUCGCCGACAAGGGCAUCGAGGAACUCAUCCUUGUCAACCGCCCAAUGCCGCUCGGCUACCUUCUCCGCUCCACGUUCUUUCUCCCCUCCACGUUCUUAGGCAUGACCACCCUCACCUGUCUCUACCUCGGCCUCUGGAAGUUUCCCGACAUGGCCGGCGUCAAGCGCAGCACCUUUUUCCCUAACCUCCGUGAGCUUGGGCUCUGCACCGUCCUCAUGGAGAGCAAGGAUUUGGACUUCAUCCUCGACAGGAGCCCCAUGCUUGAGACGCUCUGUGUGGAAAGCAAUAUUUUCAAUCUUGGCCUUCGCCUUGUCAGCCAAAGCAUCCGGUGCGUGAAGAUCAUCCUGUCCUUCUUUGAGGAAAUCACUGUGGUGGACGCCCCAUGCCUGGAGCGACUCAUCCUUUCAGGUGGUUGGACCAAAGACGGGGUCUACAACAAGGUGAAGAUCAGCCAUGCCCCCAAGUUGCAAUCGUUGGGGUACUUGGAUUUAGAAAAUCAUGUCCUAGAGUUUGGCAACACUGUCAUCAAGGCUGGGACAAAGGCGAGCCCAAGCACCAUGGUACCAAGUGUGAGGAUCCUGGCUUUGGAUGUGCGUUGUGGAGUCCGCAGUUAUGCCAAGAUGAUCCCGGCUGUCCUCAGAUGCUUUCCGAAUGUUGAGACACUCCACAUCAUGGUGAAGCCCCUGUCUGGAGAAACUGGUCAACCCUCUAACAAGCACAACCUUGAGUUCUUGAAUGAGUCUGGUACCAUAAAAUGCAUCCGCUCGUGCAUCAAACUGCUGGUUUUCCAUGAUUUCCGAGGGGAUCGAAGUGAGCUUGCUUUCCUCAAGUUUUUCUUUAAGAGUGCAUUGGUGCCGGAGGAGGCGUUGAUAGUGAUGGCAAAUGGAAGUUUCACUUUGAUGGAGGAUAUGCUUUCCAAAGUGAAGCCUCUGGGAUCCAUGAAAUGGGCCAGUUCAGACUCCACAAUCACGAUUAACCCCCAAGGAGGCAGCAUUUGGAACUUUAAGAAAGCAUCCGACUUUUCUCUUUGCGACCCUUUCGCGAACGACUGA